UCGCACUCCAAACCAAAAAGGAGGAGGAGGAGGAGGAGGAGGAGGCCGCGAGGCAGCCAUCUGGACCGAGAUCUGGCAUCUCGAGACUAGCUUCGCGCUGAUCCUAGGCCUGCCGAGCACCAUCUCCACCCCCACCCCCAGCCCCGGCCCGCCGCCGCAGCGCGACCACGACGACGGCAGCAGCGGCUGCGAAAGCCCGCUCCGCACGCUCCAGCACAGAAUGUGCAACCUCGCCGCGUCCGUCGUGGCCAGGAACCAGAGCCCGCAGCCGAGCUACCUCGCUACCGUGCAAAUCGCCCACGAACUCGACGGGUGCCGGGCCCUCAUGUCCGACAGCUGGUGGCACGAGCCGCCGCCGCCGGACCAGCCGUUUGCGCAGCUGUACGCCCAACAGGCGACAAAGGUGCAGUACUUUCUCAUCGCCAAGCUGCUGCACCUGCCUUUUAUGCUCAGCGCCGACCCCAGGUACGAGUUCAGCCGCGCAUCGGCCGUCGCCGCGUCGCGGGGCCUGAUAGCUGCCUAUCUCGGCCUGAGGAGCUGCGCCACGGGCCUGUUUGUCGUGUGCGAGUCGCUCGAGUUUCAGGCCUUUAGCGCCGGCAUCACGCUACUGAUUCGCCUGCUGUCGCCUGCGUCCGGGGGAAGGCCAGGCGACGAUGACAACAGCGGCGAGGACUGGCCGCUCAUUGAGGCGCUGACCAUGAGCCUGCGGCGCACGGCGAGCCUGAUGCGGUGCAACGUCGCCAGCCAGGCCGCCGACGUGCUGGGCCUCCUCACGCAGGCGGCGCGUGGCGCCUACGCCGGCCCGGACAGGUACGACGUCGUCCUGCCGUACUUUGGCAAGAUCACCAUUGCCCUGUCGCGGGGCCGGAAGACGGCCGAUCUGGAAGGAUGGGACGAGUGCUGCCAGCAGCAGCAGCAGCAGCAGCCAGCGCCUUCUCCCUUUGGCACGGUCGAGUUUAGCGCGAACCCCUUCGACCUCGUCCACUUUUCUGGAAGCCUGGAGGGAGAGCUCGGCGGCGAUUGGUCGUCCAUGGCCGACGUCGACAUCGGCUUUAACUGGACGCAAACCUUUACCUUUGACAACAACAACAACAACAACCUAUUAUAAUGUCCCAUAUUUGUGUAACCCUAGACCUCGGGGGAAGAAAAGUGCAUAUAUUAGUUUACGCAGCCAACAAAAAGUAGGGUACCAGUACAUGCGGACAGUGACGGCAUUAAUCAAAAGGCCCUCCCUGCCUUCCACCUCUAGCCAAACGGCCAGUAGCUCGCGUCGGCGUCCUACGACUGUACAAUCAAGCUCUGGGACGCCACCACAGGCGGUUGUCUACAAACAAUACAAGUUAUGGUUGCUGGUUGAGGUUGCCUGUUACUUGAGGAACUAUAUAGGGACUUGCUUUUACAGUCAUACAGUCACAACGGAGCAACUCUCCACUGC